AUGACCAUACCGCUAUAUGUGGUGGCAUGUAUGUCGCUUAUUGUUAGUGUUUGUAGAGCAGACACUAUCUUUCACGAGCUGAACAUUUCGAGGAUCACAUCACCAACAGGGAAGCAGUCGAUUUCACUAAACGGAGAAGCCAAUUCACUGGGACCUAUUAUCCGAGUUCAAGCAGGCGAUUCCCUUAAUUUAUUGGUGAAUAAUGAUAUCUGUGAAGAGCACGAGUUGUCAACUUAUGGAGAAGACUAUUGCAAUACGUCAAUUCAUUUUCAUGGCCUGGUGCUGGAAAAUGAAGCUGGCGGCAAACUAGGCGCUUUGAGCGAUGGUGUUCCUGGUGUAACACAACGUAGUAUCCCGCCACAAAUGUCAUACUGGUACAACUUCACAGUUCCAGCGUCCUUGGAGGGCGGGACGUAUUGGUUUCAUUCGCAUUCUUCGGUACAGUACGGAGAUGGUCUUCGAGGGAUCUUCCUGGUUGAUUCACCAGUAAGAGACGAGUAUCUCGGACGCGUUGUGGCUAAAUUGGAUUCAGACGGUACAGCCGGUGAUUUGCUGACAGAUCUACCGGAAAAAGGAAGCUCGAAACCUAUUCAUGAGGAAGUAUUGGCCGUUUCCGAUUGGUACAGUAAAUCCAGCUUAGACAUUUUAAAGGAUGUUAUGAGCUUUACAGGAGGGCCAGAUCCUAGAGUAGAGGGAUCCACGUUGAAUGGUGAUCAGAAUUCCGUAAACUUUUUGAUAGACUCAGAGACCGAAUACGUUGCUUUGCGAGUUAUAAACGUUGGAAUGAGUGGUACAAAUGUCUUGAACGUGGAAGGUCAUCGAUUAUGUGUAGUGGAAACCGAUGGAGUAUUGACUAAGCCCUAUAUGAUUGACACCCUGUCUUUAGCGGUAGGCCAAAGAAUCACGGUUUUGGUCAAAGUCAAUAAGGACACGCCCAGUGCUCGCAUCAUACAUGGCUGUGGUAAAAUGAUGGGGUACAUCACAAAAACGCAUUGGCUGACACGGCCAGGUGUGGAUCCAGGUACUUCCUUCCAAGGAAGCGUUCGGUCCCUGCCUGGUUUAGACAAAAGUGAAAGAUACCGCGAUUUUGUUCCUAGAGAAGGGACCCUAUUACCGGACCCAAAGCAGCAAAUAUCACUCGAUUACGCAUACGAAACUGCUUUCAAAGAAAAAUACCAAACAGGAAUGUACUCUGUGAAUGGUGACACGAUGCCGGAGUUUCUUCCCGAAGGAGUGCUACUGGAGGGUGACCGAGGCGCAAGAGACCCAAUUGAACUAGAGAGUAAUCAAGUGGUGGAGAUAGCCAUAAAUGCAAUAGACCAUAUGACACAUCCCUGGCACAUGCAUGGGCAUACGUUCCAAGUCAUAUCAGUGGGACGCGGGCAUGAUGGUCCCCUGUAUUUUAAUGAACCGGGAAGCGCUGCCAUGCGUCGAUAUCUCGAUGAUGUGGCCUCAUGGGAGGAUAAGGUCCCGAUGACUCGUGAUACGAUCAAUAUUCCGGGGAAUUCGUACGCGGUUAUUCGCUUCAACGCCAGUAAUCCCGGAUUUUGGCUUCUGCACUGCCAUGUGGAGUGGCACAUGGCUAAAGGUUUGGGUGUGAUUUUGGCCGAAGGAAACGCCAAAGUUGACGCUGUUGCCAAUGCGUUUAAUAGAUUUCAGACGCCCGUGACAUCAAGUGUCAGUGAAACCCAAGCAGCCACGGAAACUGCGACUUCGCCCUCAGAGAAUACAUCCGAAGCAUCUUCCGAAAUGAAGGCACAACCGCAGCCAUUAGAGAAAAGUUCGAAAGCUAAGGUCCUGCUAAUUUACCUCGCUAUAAUGUGCGUGUUCAAUGGAGGGAUCUACUUUUUCUUUUUCCCUCGACGUUAG